GCGGGCGUGCUGGAGCCUAUCCCAGCUGUCAUCGGGCAGGAGGCGGGGUACACCCUGAACUGCUUGCCAGCCAAUCGCAGGGCACAGAGAAACAAACAACCAUUCGCACUCACAGUCAUGCCUACGGGCAAUUUAGAGUCAGGUAUAGUGUGUCGUUCUGCAUAUACAGCCUAUUGGUCGAGUUGAGUAUACAUUAGCAGCGGGUUGCUCGAACAUGAACGUUGUCUAUUGCGGCUUGAAUGACGUGUGGAGCGACGUUCACCGUGACAAAGCGGCGUCGUCACUCCUUAGCGAUGACGCCGGUUUCUCGAAGCGGAAGAUUUAAAAAGCAACCGUCGGAACUCCCGUUCGUGUGGCCAAGCAAGCUCGCGAAAGUCCCGACGUCACUCUAAAAUAACACAAAAUAAGGUAUUUUAGUUAAGCUUGAGAUGGAGGGUAAACGUUUGCCUGGUUUUGGAACAUUUGGGCCCCAUUCGUCCCAAACACCUCCAAAAGAAAAGCAAUCCAGCAGUCACAGAGACAUGCUACCUCCUGUCAGAAAAGGUCGCAUUAAUAAACAGAAGGGCCUCUACUCGGAUGUCUUCACUACUUUGAGGUUUAAGACUUGUGCAGAGGAAGCAGACACCCAUCAGCGGGUAUGCACCCCUGACCUCAGUGAUUGCGAUGAUUCAGAAGACACAAGCUCAAAGUCUCCAUUUGCCAAAUACAAGUUUGACGACAAAGAAUAUUAUGGCCCCUUCUCAAAGCAAUUACUCACUUCUUACUUCAACCGUGGUGGAGAUACACCUAAGGUCCAGAUGCCCUACAAAACUGUUCUUGGCAGAAGCCCUCGUGAUUUAACCAAAGAGAGGUGUCGGAGAGAAUAUUUGAAGAUUGAUUUUGAAAAGCUCCUGGCAGAAAAAGAAAUAGACUCUAAUCUUCUAAUGCCACGCUGUUUGGACAAUAAUGACGAGCAUCCAAUUGUGUCACCCUAUCUUCCGCUUGAGAUAUUUGACAAUGUGGAGUUUGACUCCCGUACUGCAGAAGACUGGCUUGGCCUGGGUAAAACUGAAGGCUCAACUUCCAGAAAACCAAUUCCGGCAAAAGCGUUACUGCCUUUGGAUGACACAGUAUCGUUUGAAAACGGCCAACCUCCCCCAUCGUUGGAGUAUAGCUGGCAUUUAGUGGGAGUUCUUGACUACGAUAGUGAAAAAUGUCAAUACUUGGUAGAAAAGGUUUUCACAAACAGCAUGCUAAAAGAAGGAGAAAGGAAUUGCCCUGGUGCAAAAUGCCUGCAAACAGGCAACAGGCACUGGAUUCCCAGAAUCAGGCUGUUGUUCAGUGCUGAGGACCCACGUGUCUUUGUGCAGCGAAUCCAGUUUGCCAUGCACCUAAGAGCGAACUCAGAGGCCCUCAUCCUCUAUAACUUGACUGUGGACUGCAUGCCUAUCUGGGAUGAAACGCCAUCUAUCGAUCUACACUGUCUCCAUCGUAUCAAAAGACGUGCUCUCUCCGGCUCUGGCCUUAAACUGGAUAUUGUUAAAACAUGUGUAGAGAGACUGGCCAAGGAGGUAAAGCUGGAAUAUGACCGUACUAUGAAUCGCUUCAUCUUGGAUAAAAGUGUGGUGAGCCACCCACAGGAGUUUUCACACAUUAUGCUGCCACAGAAGGAACAAGAGUGUGUGCCCCUCAAAGGGUGUGUAACAGUUCCUGCCUUUGACUACAAGAAGAACCAAGCUGCAUUCUUCCACAAGUCCAUGCUGACGGAACCAAAAGUGAUCUGCACGUUAUCAGAAAUAAGAUUUGAAUGCAACAAACUAGCAACUAUGAAACUGUUCAAUGUAUCCUUAACCAAACCUCUGCGACUGGAUGAGUUUGAAGCUAACCAAGCCCAAAUGCAAACACAGAUAAGCUUGUUUCUUCGGGAGGCAUGGAUGCUUACUGUGACUUACAGCCUCCGACACAACCUUGAAACUAUUGGCAAAGGCGCGUACAACAUGAACGAGACUCACUGGGAUAUGCACAAGGUUUCCAAGUUGAACAAACUGUUGGCUGUGGUGCACUACAACCUGCAGGACACUCUGCGCAAUCUUGUGGAGGACUCACUCCUCGGCCUGAGCAAGCUGAUUUUGGAUGCAUGCUGCAGUGUGCUAACAUGCCCUGAUGACCUGGUGUGGGGGGGUGACUACAUCAAUAGCCCCUACAAGCCAAAGAACAAGCCUCUGUUCCUGGUGGAAUUAAUUUUGAAUGAGACAGGCGUAUAUUAUAAUACACCUCUGGAGAAUUUUGAGGCCUCUAUUUUAAAUCUGUUCAAUGAAGGCAUUCUGGUCACACACAAUAUACCAAUGCUUGAUAAGUUUUUAAUGAAGAGGCUGUUAUUCGGUGACGAUCCUGUGCUGGAGUCAGUACAUCUUUGUGAGGCAAAAGUAGCACAAUUGAGAGAGAAGAUCUGCACGGCUCUCAAGAAAGCUGUCAUACCCCUCAAGGCUUACGCUGCAGAAUAUACAAAAUACAUUGAGCUCUACAGCUUAAACAUAGAAGAACACUUCAUAUCCAGUAGCGAUGAUGAGAAGACAUCCAAGGCAGUAAAGAUAGAAGUGGAACAGCAUCUCAAAGACAAGGAAGCGCUCCAAAGCUCCCUGCCAUCCUCCAUAAUUAUUGGGGCAUUUAUUAUACAUGUCGAGGGAGUACGUCAGAAUCUCAUCAGCAAAAAAAAGGAUUUAGCCAUUGCAACACUGGAGCACCAUGCCGAGAAGCUAAGAAGGCAUGUUGAAGAUGAAUGUGAGGAGUUCAACACAAUUGGACACACGCUGAGCGACCGUCCCAACUCCAUUGAGGAUCUGACAGAGAAGAGGGACUGGAUGAAACAAAUUCCUGACCAGCUCAAAAGUUGCAAGGAACGUGUUGCAAAGACUUUAUCUGAGUACGAGUUAUUUGAAGAAUUUUACUACUCUUUAUCAAAUGAGGAUUUUAUGAAAAAGUGGCGAGCUAUUGAGUGGCCCCAAACGAUAAACAGACAGAUCGAAGAAGUGACCGCCCAUCUUGUUGAAGAAGAGGAACGCUUCCAGAAGGUCCAGAUAGUCGACCAGGACAUUUUUGAGCAGCGCAUUGAAGCUGUCCAGAUGACGGUUGGAAAGUUCACAGGUUUUGCAAAUGUUGAUCAUGCGACUGAGAUGGCCAAUGAGGUGAGGCGUGCAAGCAAGGAACUAAAAGAGUGCCAGGGUCUGGCUCAAACCUACAACACCAGAGAACGCUUGUUUGGUACUCCCGUCACGAAUUAUGAUCGUCUGCACAAAAUGGCAAAGCAAUUUCAGCCAUUCUUUGAUCUCUGGACCACCACCUACGAUUGGACGCAUCGGCAUGAGAGCUGGCUCAAUGAUCCGCUGACCUCCAUUGACCCUGAGCUGCUUGAGCGCAAUGUUACAGGAGCCCUGGAUACCAUGAAUAAAUGUAUCAAACAGUUCAAAGACAACCCCGAUUGCCAAAUGGUGGCAUCUUUAAUCCGUGCCAGGAUUGAGGAAUUCUGUCCUUAUGUUCCUAUGAUUCAGGGUUUGAGGAACCCAGGGAUGAGAAUGCACCACUGGCAGUCACUUUCAGAUACCAUUCAGAUAAAAGUUGUGCCCAAAGCCAACUUAACCUUGUCCCGCUGUUUGGAACUUGGCCUACAGAACCACAUGGAUGCCAUAACUCAGGUGGCUGAGACAGCUGGGAAAGAGUACACCAUUGAACAGGCCCUGCAAAAAAUGAAAGUAGAAUGGGCGACAAUUAUCUUUGAUCUGAUGCCCUACAAGGAAACUGGCACUUACAUCCUGAAGAGUCCAGAUGAAGCAUUACAGCUGCUAGAUGACCACAUUGUCAUGACACAAAGCAUGUCCUUCUCCCCCUAUAAGAAGGCAUUUGAAGCCGAAAUCAACAAGUGGGAGAGCAAACUCAGAACAACUCAAGAUGUGCUGGAGGAGUGGCUGUUAUGUCAGGGCUCUUGGCUCUACUUGGAGCCCAUCUUCAGCUCAGACGAUAUCAAUGAACAACUGCCUGUUGAGGGAAUGAGAUACCAACAAAUGGAAGAAAUAUGGAAGAGAAUCAUGAAAGGUGCUUUUGAUAACCCAAAGAUAAUUGAAUUCUGCCCUGGUCCUCACCUGUUAGACAAAUUGAAAAAGUGCAACGUGCUUUUAGAACAGGUGCAAAAGGGCCUCAGCGAAUACUUGGAGAUAAAGCGAAAUGCCUUCCCCAGGUUCUACUUUCUGUCAGAUGAUGAGCUUCUGGAGAUUCUUUCACAGACCAAAGAUGCCACUGCUGUACAGCCGCACUUGCGCAAAUGCUUUGAGAACAUUGCACGGCUUAAAUUCCAGCCAGAUCUACUGAUCACACACAUGUACUCUGGAGAAGGAGAGGAGGUAAAGCUAUCUGUGACUGUUAUGCCCAGCGGGAAUGUGGAGGACUGGUUGAGGUUGGUGGAAAAAUCUAUGACAGCUACAGUCAGGGAUUACAUUGAUCGGUCGCUCCAAGUUUACCCAGAGGUCUGUGAGUUUAACUUCAAAGCUGUGAAUUUUUUUCUUGUUCAGCUUGUUUAUUGUGCACUCUUGCCGUCUCAGAAACCUCGCGAAGAGUGGGUUUUAUCAUGGCCUGGGCAGGUGGUGAUAGCUGGCUGUCAGGUCUACUGGACUGCCGAGGUGUCAGAGGCUUUGGAGCAGGGGGACUUGACUGACCGUCUUUUUCCUCUACUCCAGAAACAGCUGGGUAACCUGGUGCACCUGGUGAGAAGUGGUGUAUCUAAAAUGCAACGAGCUGUACUCUCCGCCCUCAUUGUCAUUGAGGUGCAUGCUAAAGAUGUAGCAGCCAAACUGGUGGAGCUGGCAGUGUUGAGCGUCAAUGACUUUGAGUGGAUUAGUCAGCUCAGAUAUUACUGGGCUAGAGAGGACUUGUACAUCCGAGCGGUGAAUGCAGAGUUUUUGUAUGGAUAUGAGUACCUUGGAAACUCUGGACGUCUGGUCAUUACCCCCCUCACAGACAAAUGCUACCUGACCCUGACAGGUGCCCUUCACCUCAAGUUUGGAGGCGCUCCUGCAGGUCCAGCAGGCACAGGAAAAACAGAAACUACUAAAGAUCUGGGAAAGGCUCUUGCCAUCCAGACAGUUGUUUUCAACUGCUCUGACCAGCUGGAUUUUAUGGCAAUGGGCAAGUUCCUCAAAGGCUUGGCGAGCUCCGGUGCCUGGGCAUGUUUUGAUGAGUUUAAUCGUAUUGAUGUGGAGGUGUUGUCUGUGGUGGCACAACAGAUCACCACGAUACAAAAGGCCCAACAGCAAAGGGCAGAGAGGUUUUUUUUUGAGGGUUCUGAGAUUCCGCUUGUUCCCUCUUGUGCUGUAUUCAUCACGAUGAAUCCUGGUUAUGCUGGCCGCACAGAGUUACCCGACAAUCUUAAGGCCCUGUUUCGUCCAGUGGCCAUGAUGGUCCCUAACUUUGCCAUGAUAGCUGAAAUCUCACUGUACUCAUUUGGCUUCAGUGAUGCCAAAGUCCUUUCUCAGAAAAUCACCAGCACUUUCACACUCUCCUCGGAACAACUUAGCUCUCAGGAUCACUAUGAUUUUGGAAUGAGAUCUGUGAAGUCUGUAAUCUCAGCUGCUGGAAAUCUAAAGCGGGAAAAUCCCAAUAUGAAUGAGGAAUUGAUCUGCCUGAGGGCCAUCAAAGAUGUCAACGUGCCAAAAUUUUUACGAGAUGACCUGAAGCUCUUCAACGGCAUCGUGUCUGACCUUUUCCCAAAGACAAAACAGGAGCCAAUCGACUAUGGCACGCUUGAGGAAUCUAUGCGUAAUAUAUGCACAAAGAUGAACCUCAAAGAUGUGGAUGAAUACAUUGGUAAGUGUAUUCAAUUGUAUGAGACCACUGUGGUCAGACACGGUCUGAUGUUAGUGGGACCGUCUGGUUCAGGUAAAACCAAGUGUUAUGAGGUUCUUGGUGCGGCGAUAACAGCUCUAAAAGGCCAGCCCUCUGUCAGCGGUGAUCUGUAUGAGGCAGUUCAGACAUAUGUGCUUAACCCCAAGUCGAUCACUAUGGGACAGCUUUACGGGGAGUAUGACUUGCUCACGCAUGAGUGGACAGAUGGCAUUCUCUCGUCUUUAAUCCGGAUGGGUACUGCAGUGAUGGACAAUGAUAUAAAGUGGUACAUGUUUGAUGGUCCAGUAGAUGCUGUCUGGAUUGAAAACAUGAACACUGUGCUGGAUGACAACAAAAAACUCUGCCUUAGCUCUGGAGAAAUCAUCAAGCUCACUGAGUGCAUGACCAUGAUGUUUGAGGUGCAGGACUUGGCAGUGGCAUCACCAGCUACAGUGUCUCGCUGUGGCAUGAUCUACCUGGAGCCCAGUAUUUUGGGCCUCAUCCCCUUUACAGAGUGUUGGAUCCGGCAGGUCCCCAAAAUAAUGAGACCGUUCAAAAAAGAGCUCACUUCCUUGUUUGAGCAGUUCCUACAGGACUCUAUCAAUUUUAUUCGCAUAUCAGUAAAGGAGGUCAUCACAUCACUGGACAGCAAUCUGACCUGUAGUCUUCUAAAACUUAUGGACUGCUUCUUCAGUCCUUUCAACUUUAGUGAGGAAGACAAGCCACCACCCCGAAAUAAACUAGACCGUAUCAAGGAGCUGAUUGAGCCGUGGUUCAUUUUCUCCCUGGUUUGGAGUGUCGGUGCCACAGGCGAUACACCCAGUGCCCAGCGCUUUAGUGCCUGGCUCAGAAACAAGAUGUCAGAAGAAAAGAUUAAUUUAUGUUUCCCAGAAGAAGGCCUGGUAUAUGACUACAGGCUUGAUGAUGCAGGCAUAAGUCGCUGGAAUGAAGAAGAGGAAGAUAAAAAGGACAGAAAGGUGCAGUGGGUCAACUGGGUGAAUGAUGCAAAGAGUGUUGUAAUCACCCCAGAUACAAGUUACUCUGACAUCAUAGUGCCCACUGCUGACACCGUGAGAAUGACUUUCCUUAUGGAUAUGCUUUUGACCAAUAUGAAGCCUUUGCUUUGUAUCGGCCCCACCGGGACAGGAAAGACUCUUGCCUUGUCUGACAAGCUGCUAAAGAACAUGCAUCCGCAAUACGUCACGCACUUCCUCAUGUUUUCAGCACGCACCUCAGCCAACCAGACUCAAGAUUUUAUAGACAGCAAGCUGGACAAAAGGCGGAAAGGUGUGUUUGCGCCUCCUAAAGGCAAGUACUUCAUUUUCUUCAUUGAUGACCUCAACAUGCCAUUGUUGGAGACCUAUGGCGCCCAGCCGCCUAUUGAACUGCUGCGGCAGUGGAUGGACCACACUGGCUGGUAUGACAGGAAGCAGAUUGGGGCUUUCAAGCAAAUAGUGGAUAUCAAUUUCGCCUGUGCCAUGGGACCUCCAGGUGGAGGCCGCAACCCCAUCACACCGCGCUUCACACGACACUUCAGUUUUCUAUCCUUCACUGAACUGGAGGAUGCCAGCAUGAAAAAGAUUUUCUCUACCAUUUUAGGCAGCUGGAUGAAUGGAAACAUGAGUAAAAAGAAUCCAGGCAGAUCAGUGCCAGAAAUUGUGCCACUGAACAAUGCAAUCGUCAUUGCCACUAUCCGUGUGUACGCUACUAUAUGCACUCAGCUUCUCCCAACUCCUACAAAGUCUCACUACACAUUCAACCUCAGAGACCUGUCCAAGGUCUUCCAAGGUAUCCUCAUGGCUGAGACAUCCAUGAUAGAGAGCAAAGAGAUGCUGCUUCAGCUGUGGUACCACGAAAACUGCCGGGUUUUCCAGGACCGCUUGGUGUGUGCGGAAGACAGGGAGUGGUUCAGCUCCCUCCUGAAGGAAUUUAUUCAGGAGUUUGGCUGUGACUUUGACGUGGUCGUGCCAUGCCAGCCUGUUUUAUAUGGGGAUUUUAUGGUUCCCGGCGCGCUGCACAAAGUCUACACUUUCAUAGAUGACAAGGAAAAGCUGGAAGAUGUUAUGGUGGAGUACAUGGAAGACUACAACCAGAACUGCACACCCAAGAUGAAGCUCGUGCUCUUUAUGGAUGCGAUUCAGCAUGUUUGCCGAAUCAGCCGUGUCCUGCGCCAGCCACUGGGCAAUGCCCUGCUGCUUGGUGUGGGUGGCAGUGGACGACAGUCCCUCACUAAGCUUGCCUCAUAUAUAUCAGAGUACAAGUGUUUCCAGAUCGAGCUAUCAAAGAACUAUGGUCAGUUAGAGUGGCGGGAAGACAUUAAAAGCAUCAUGAUGAAGGCUGGCAUUCAUAACCAGCAGAUCACCUUCCUCUUCGUGGACACACAGAUUAAAAGUGAGUCAUUCCUGGAAGACAUCAACAGCAUUUUGAACUCUGGCGAUGUUCCGAAUUUGUAUGCAUCAGAUGAGCAGGAGCGCAUCCUGGCAUCAAUGAAGCCAGUGGUCCAAGAGUUGGCCCAGCAGCCAACCAAAUCAAAUCUUAUGGCUGCUUACCUUAAAAGAGUCCGCACAAACAUCCACACUGUACUCUGCAUGAGUCCUAUCGGGGAAGUGUUUCGUGCAAGACUGAGGCAGUUUCCUUCACUGGUAACAUGUUGCACCAUAGACUGGUUCAGUGCAUGGCCAGAUGAAGCUCUGCAAGCUGUGGCCACAUCGUUUCUUAAUGAGCUGCCCGAGCUAGAAGCUAGCCCUGAGGUCAUGGAUGGACUGACAGUUAUGUGCAUGAAGAUUCACCAGAAUGUAGCCAACAAGUGUGAACAGUUCCUUGCUGAGCUUUCUCGCCAAAACUACGUGACCCCUAAGAGCUACCUGGAACUGCUCAAUAUCUUCUCAAAUCUCAUUGGACGGAAGAAGCAAGAGCUGUGCCAUGCGCGUGAGCGCAUGAGGACUGGUCUGGACAAGCUUCUAAGCACAGCAGAGGAUGUGAGUAAGAUGCAAGAGGAGCAGGAGGUGAUGAGGCCACUUUUGGAGGAGGCGGCAAGGGAAACGGAGGUCACAAUGGAAACUAUCAAAAAAGACUCUGUGAUUGCAGAGGAGACACAGAAGUCAGUUCAAGAAGAAGAAGCAAAGGCUUCAGAGAAAGCCCGUGUAGCAGGGGAAAUUGCCAGCGAUGCGCAGAGGGAUCUAGAUGAGGCCCUUCCAGCCCUCGAAGCUGCAACCAACAGCCUUAAGUCACUCAACAAGAAUGAUGUCACUGAGGUGCGAGCCAUGCAGCGUCCUCCUCAUGGCGUGAAGCUGGUAAUUGAGGCUGUGUGCAUUAUGAAGGAUGCCAAACCUAAGAAGGUGCCUGGAGAAAAACCUGGAACCAAGGUUGAUGACUACUGGGAACCUGGCAAAGUAUUGCUGCAGGAUCCUGGCAAGUUUCUUGAUAGCCUUUUUGGCUAUGAUAAGGAAAACAUCCCGGAAAGAGUGAUUACUUUGGUGCAACCCUACAUAGAUAAUGAAGAAUUCCAACCUGCUGCCAUUGCCAAGGUUUCCAAAGCCUGUACCUCAAUUUGUCAGUGGGUUCGAGCCAUGCACCUUUAUCACUUUGUGGCCAAGGGUGUGGAGCCUAAAAGGCAAGCUCUCCAGGCAGCACAGGAGGAGUAUGAUGAGUCACAGAGAAGUUUGAAAGCUGCUAAAGAAAUGCAAGCGGCUGUGGAGAGUGGUAUUGCGGCAUUGCAGGCCAAGUACCAAGACUGCCUGGCCAAGAAAAAUGAGCUGGACAACAAGUAUCAACUGUGUGAGAUACGCCUGGUUCGAGCAGACAAGCUUAUAGCUGGACUGGCAGAUGAGAAAACACGCUGGAAAGAGACGGUGCAACAUCUGGAAUACAUGGUCAAUAAUGUGUCAGGCGAUGUGCUGAUGUCUGCAGGAUAUGUAUCAUACCUGGGGCCCUUCACCGGAUCUUACAGGGCAGCCAUGGGAGAGGAGUGGCUACGAUGUUUCAAGGAGUUAAACAUUCCACAUACUGAUGCACCCAACCUCAUGACCACUCUCGGAGAUCCUGUCAAGAUCCGCUCCUGGCAGCUAUCAGGUCUACCUAAGGACAACCUUUCAGUGGAGAAUUCUGUGAUUGCCCAGUAUUCGCUCCGCUGGAAUCUCUUCAUAGAUCCUCAAGGUCAAGCCAACACAUGGAUCAAAACCAUGGAGCGGGACAGUGGAUUGGAGAUUAUAAAGCUCAGUGACCGGGAUUUUCUCCGCAGUCUUGAAAAUGCAAUUCGCUUUGGCAAACCCUGCUUACUUGAGAAUAUAGAAGAGGACCUGGAUCCUGCUCUUGAACCUGUACUGCUGCAGCAGACAUUUAAGGAGCAAGGCAGCUUAAAACUGAAGCUUGGCGAUUCUACCAUCCCAUACCAUGAGAGUUUCAAGUUUUACAUCACCACCAAGUUACCAAACCCACACUACUCCCCAGAGGUUUCCACUAAAGUCACCCUCAUCAACUUCACACUGUCACCAAGUGGUUUGGAAGACCAGUUGCUGGCCCAGGUGGUGGCAGCAGAACGUCCAGAACUGGAAAUCGCGAAGAACCAGUUGAUCAUCAGCAAUGCCAAAAUGAAGCAGGAGCUGAAAGAUAUAGAGGAUGAGAUUCUGUUCCGUCUCAGCUCCUCAGAAGGGAACCCCGUGGACAAUCAAGAGCUCAUUCAAGUGUUGGAAGCUUCCAAAAUCAAAGCUGGCGAGAUUCAGGCUAAAGUGAUUGUAGCAGAGGAGACAGAGAAAGACAUUGACGCCACCCGUCUGACAUAUGUACCAGUGGCCGUGCGUACCCAGAUUCUUUUCUUCUGCGUAUCAGACUUGUCCAACGUUGAUCCCAUGUACCAAUACUCCCUGGAGUGGUUUCUUGGCAUCUUCAUGGUUGGCAUUGCCAACGCUGAAAGAGCAGACACGGUGGAGCAGCGAAUCGAGAACAUUAAUGAAUAUUUCACCUUUAGUCUGUACUGCAAUGUGUGUCGCAGCUUGUUCGAGAAGCACAAGCUCAUGUUUGCCUUUCUCCUUUGUGCUCGCAUCCUAAUGAAUGAUGGGGAAAUUGACAUGGCUGAGUGGCGUAACUUGUUAUCUGGAGGGAUGCCCAACCAGGAACUUGCCAACCCAGCCGUAAGCUGGCUGUCGGACCGUGCCUGGAAGGACAUCCUGGGCCUCAGUGUUCUUGAGACCUACAGAGACCUUGCAUCGACAUUUGACAAACAUCUGCCUGGCUUCAAAAACAUUUUUGACAGCAACAUUCCUCACAGAGAGCCUCUCCCUGGAGAGUGGGACACAAAGCUAGACCGCUUUCAAAAGCUGUUAGUUCUGCGCUGCCUGAGGGCUGACUGUCUGGUUCAAGGCAUACAGGACUUUGUCUCCGUUAAGCUGGGACAGCGCUUCAUAGAACCUCAGACAUCAGACCUAUCGGUGGUCUUUAAGGAGUCGUCCCCCUCCUCUCCCCUCAUCUUUGUUCUGUCUCCGGGCACUGACCCAGCUUCUGAUCUUUACAAGUUUGCUGAUGCCAUGCACUUCUCCAAGAAAAUGACUGCAAUCUCCCUGGGCCAAGGCCAGGGCCCCUUGGCUGAAGCCUUGAUGCGCACCGCCAUGGAAAGAGGUCAAUGGGUCUUCUUUCAGAAUUGUCAUUUGGCACCCAGCUGGAUGCCGUCACUGGAGAGCCUUAUUGAGAACAUCGACCUAAAGGUACACAAAGAUUUUCGUUUGUGGGUCACAAGUCUUCCCAGCAACCGGUUCCCAGUGUCCAUUCUUCAAAAUGGGACAAAGAUGACCAUUGAGCUGCCCAAGGGCAUUAAGGCAAACCUACAGAAAACCUACCUGAAGCUCACAAAUGAUUUUAUCAACUCCUCUAACAAGGUAUCACACUUGAAGUCGUUGCUCUUGUCUCUGUGCUUGUUCCACGGAAUUGCUCUUGAGCGAAGGAAGUUUGGCCCAUUGGGCUUCAAUAUUCCCUACGAGUUCACCGAUGGUGAUCUGAACAUCUGCAUCAGCCAACUCAGAAUGUUUCUGGACGAGUACAAUGACAUACCUUACAAGGUGCUAAAAUACACUGCAGGGGAGAUCAAUUAUGGGGGCCGUGUGACAGAUGAGUGGGACAGACGCUGUCUGCUUAGUGUGCUGGAAGAUUUCUACUGUCCCGGUGUUCUCCAAGAGGAUCAUGUUUACUCUCAAUCUGGAGUUUACCGGCAGAUUGAAACAAAUGUGGAUAUCAAGGGUUACUUGGCAUACAUCCACAGUCUGCCCAUCAAUGAUACACCUGAGAUCUUUGGUCUCCAUGACAACGCUAACAUCAGCUUUGCACAGAAUGAGACGUUUGCUCUGCUGGGAUCUGUACUGCGUCUCCAGCCUCGAACUGCAUCUGCUGGAGGCAAGACCCUGGAGGAGAUAGUGGAGGAGAUAGUAGCAGGCAUCGUGGUAAAGGUCCCACAGCCUUUUGAUGUUGGGGAGAUGAUGGAAAAGUACCCUGUGCUCUACGAGGAGUCCAUGAACACAGUGCUCAUGCAGGAGGUCAUCAGAUACAACAAUCUGCUGGAGGUCAUCGCUCAGAGUCUCAGUGAUAUUGUGAAGGCUCUGAAAGGUUUAGUGGUGAUGUCAUCAGAACUGGAGCUAAUGGCCAACAGCCUGUUCAACAACGGUGUGCCUGAUAUGUGGAAGGCUAAGGCCUACCCCUCUCUCAAGCCUCUGGCCUCCUGGAUGUCUGACCUGCUGCAGAGGAUCCGUUUUCUUCAAGGCUGGAUCUCGAACGGAAUUCCACCUGUCUUCUGGAUUAGCGGCUUCUACUUCCCUCAAGCUUUUCUCACGGGAACCCUGCAGAAUUAUGCCCGUCGCUUUGGCAUCUCCAUCGACACCAUUGGAUUUGACUUUGAGGUUGUAUUAAAAGCAGUGUGCGAUAUAGACGAAAAGCCAGACACAGGCUGCUACAUCAAUGGUUUAUUCAUCGAGGGUGCUCGCUGGGAUAAUAAUGCCGCUCAGCUCACAGAAUCCAGACCGAAGGAGCUCUACACAGAAAUGGCUGCCAUCUGGCUAAUCCCCACACCCGAACGUAAACCUCCGAGCUCCGGGAUCUACAUCUGCCCCAUUUACAAGACACUGACACGCGCUGGAACGCUGUCUACUACCGGGCAUUCUACCAACUAUGUGAUUGCAGUAGAGCUGCCUACAGAUCUCACUCCAGGACACUGGAUCAAACGAGGAGUGGCCCUCAUUUGUGCUUUGGACUAUUAAAAUCACAAUCUGAGCCGGAAAUGUACAGUGCAAAGGUCUUGAGUCACCAGUUGCUUUUUUUUUUGUUUUGUUUUAACCUUUUUCACAGCACUCAACAUAAAAUAAUAAAAGAUACACUUAGCAGAUACACUUUAAAAAAAAACUACAAUAAUGAAAAAAAACAUUCAUUACAUUUUGGUGAGGAAAUGUGAGUAUACAGUAACUUAUUUUCAACUUUUGAGUAACUUUGGUAUUGAUGGAGCUGUCCACCCAUGAGCCUCAUAACGGCACUGCCCAUCUGUUCAUCUUUCUCAAAGAACAAGGAAGUUCCUUGUUCAAACACAAAUAUGGCCCUGAAAGAUAGAAUUUGUCUUACUGUAUAUAUGGUCGUUACAGAAUUGCUACACAUACAGUAUAAUGUAGUGGUACCUUGACUUACGAGUGCACCGAAUUUGCAGUUUUUCAAAUUAUAAGCCCUGCUUGGUCGAUUUUUUAAAAAAUUUUUAUUUUUUUUGUUGCGAGCCAAAUUUUGACUUACGAGUGAUCUUCAGAUACGCUGCCGCUGAAGUGAAGUGGGGAAAAAAAGGAGAGCCAUGGUCGCAAAUGCGCUUUCACCGCAUGUAUUGAAUAGCGAAAACAGUCAAACGCACAAAAACAAAAUGAAAACACUUGCAAGGAGCAUGGAGAAGAUGCUAACACUGAACUAAGCUUGUGGGAAAAGGCCGAUCUGUCAGACUGCAGCUCCAAAUGUACAGUUUGUGUGCAUGACCUUUGGCUUAAAUACACUUCAUAAAACCAGUUUUUGUUUACAUUCUGUUUUAUUAUGUUUUUAUAUUUUUAUUUUACAAUAGUCCACAAAAACAUUUUUAAAAAAAAGAAACGUGAAUAUUUCUUCACCAAAUUGGAAAAAAAAAAUUUAAAACAUUUUUUUUUUUUUUAAUCUGCAAAUAGGUCAGUCCCUGGUGCCAAUUUGAGUUAGGAACUUGGUCCUGGAAUGAAUUAAACUCGUAAGUCAAGGUAGAACUGUAUAUAACGGUGGCCAAAGACAUUUGU